CAGGGACGGUUGCCCCUCUCACCCAAUACGAAAGGGAUAGACCCUCUCCUGCUCUCCCUAGCCAAGGAGAGUCAAGGACCCUUUCCUUCGAUUUUUCGAGGUGCACAGCCGUGCUAUGGAAGCAUAGGUUACACGCAACUGAUGCCAGCCGUCAUUGCAAGUGACUCUAGUCUGCUUUGAUUGUCUGCACCUCUAUCACGUCACACACAAAUAAAUCCCUGGCUUGCCUUCUUUUCCCCGAGUGGCCCCAGUCUGCUUGGAUUCGGUGACAGGCUUUUAUAUCCCGGCAUCGUCGUAGCAUCCCGCCGACUCGAAGAUUUCAACUCUCUUUUCGACAUCGACUCUCGUUUCCCCCUCUAUCAUCCGCACACAAUGGCGCGUCACGAGGAAAAGAUGGAUGCCCCCGACGGCUCCGCCUUAACCUGGAUUUUUGACCAUUGUCUUCGCUAUCCAGGUACAUAUGAGAUCCCGUUGCGCACCAUGUACGAGCUGAAUUGCAACCCCACGAGAACACCUGUGACCGGUACCCGUGCUCCCGAGACUGCCUUCCAUCGGCCAUCCAAUUCGUCCACCUCCCAGGACUCGGUUGAUGCAGCGGCCGAUUUCAGAUUUCAGUUGACCCACCAGAUCGCUCGUUUGCCCUCGCAGCCGUGCUCGCUACCCUCCAGCUUCGUCACCUCGUUCCUGCGUCGUUGCUUUACUCCUGAGCUGGAAGAGGUUGAUUUUCCCCAGGCACUGACCGCUCUGGACUAUCUGAAGGAUCUGGAGAAUCGUCGCAGAAAGGAGGUUGCGGCGGCACUGCAACGGUUGGGGGUGGAGCCCAAGGACGUGCAGGGCAAUACUGAGCUGGCGGAGAAGUACCCGGGCGUCCUGGCCUGGCUUGGGAAUAUCAAUGCACAGGCUCGCCGAGUGGAGGCUCUUUACACUCAGGUCUAUGUUGGCCUGCGCCGCUGGACCCUGAUCAACGAGAUGUUGAUGGAACCAUUCAACAAGGCCACCUGCAGCGCUAUGCUCAACACACUCUUCCCACCUAUCACCGAUGCAACUGUUCCUCCCACUUCGCAUCUGACUGUGGAGAUUCUGCGAUCACAGCGGGAUGGGUUCUUCCGAUACAUUAUCGCCGUCGAAGCCAACGGCCCAGAUGUCCUGGCCAAGGUCAUUGCGCAGGGUGCACGCGACGGAGAAGAGAACGGCUGGCCUGUGGUUAGGGAAGCACUGGACAAGUACCUUCGAUCGGCCAAUGAUAUCAUUGACGAGUGUAUGACGGUGACUGGCCCGCUCAGCUCUGAGGGACUGGAAUCGCAGUCUCGUGGUCACAAGGGCCGCAAGGUCGAUUCGGGCAUCAGCUUCGGUUCGUCGGAGAAUAUCCUGGGAGGCGAUGGUAACAAGAGCUGCGAGGAUGUCGCGGAGAAGCCCCUUCCUCCCCCUCCCUCCAAGGGACACAAAUCGGGGUCUACCUUGGAACGGCUGGCUCGCGAACUCCGCAAACUGGGCGAGUCUGGAAAAACCAAAAACCUCAAGAAGAUGAAGUCAACAAGUGCCCUUGGCGCUCGGUCGGGAAAUUUACACAGCCGUUCUGAAGAAGAAUCAAUCUUCGAGAUCGACGAGCAGAAGCGCCGGCGACUGCUAUGGGAAGCUUCCAACCGCAAGAAGACCCAUGCGAAACAGUCUAGCACGGACUCCCGAUGAAAAUGGCUCGAAGGACAGUAACCUGGUGUUACACUUCUCCAUUUUCAUUUUAUUCACACACACACACUCUCUCUCUUUCUUUUCCUUCUCUUUUCCCCUCCCAAUUAUGC